CAUUCUCCCAGAUUUUCAGUUCCGAAAAAUAAACUAAAUUAUCGUUAUCAAAUUAUAAUGGCGCGCAAGAAAGUAAGAGACACAAAAUCAGUAAAAAGACAAGCGGCAAGUCGUCGAGAUAAGCGGAUCAGAAAUAUUUCGCAGCAAUACAAAUCAAAGCCUUUUCAACACAAACCGAUCAAAUCGAUUCUUGUGAAGGGAAAAUUCUCCAAGGUUGGAAAGGCACCGCUAAAGCGUAAAGCACGGAAAGAUCAAACAAAAAGUCGCAAGACGCCGAUCAGGAAGCGCAGGACUGCCAAAAAUGUAGAAGCAGACCUCCAGCUGUUUAGCCCCGAUAACAGCGUAGAGCCGCAAUUGCCACAAAGACGCUGCGCAGUGUGUGCCCAGUUCUUCAUCAAGGACAAUAACUGGCAGGAGGCGAAGAAACAGUUUGAGCUCAACAAGCAGCAUAUCCCAUAAAAAUGCCGGCUACCUUUUUUUCAAUUCAUGGAAUUUUGUUUUUUUCAACAUCCAAAUAAUUGUCUGCCUUCAAAUUUCUUCGCUGAAUUAAUAUAAAAUUUUGUGCAUUAAA